CCGUUCUUUCUCGGUCGCCAUUUUGGCCAGGGAAGGCUCAGUGAAUUAUUGUCGGCGAGGCUGAAUGUUCGCCCCCCCGUCCCCCCUCGCCGCUCGCCCGUCAGAAACUUGUCGCUCCCCAAAAAAGUUCGCUCGGUCGCCUUGAGGCUUUUUUUCUUUUUAAAAUCCGGGCAGCCGCUGAGGUCCGGCGACGUCCAGUUGUCUUUUGUUUGCCCCCCUUCUCCUCCCUCCCGCCCGCCCCCCUCCUCCCCUCUCUCUGCCGCUGAGGAAACAGCUCCCUCUCUCCGCGGCCGCUGGAAGCACCGCCGCCCGGGCUGGCGCUCAGGAGACUGAAGCGGCGGCGGCAGCACGGAGGGAGGCCCUUUGUUUGCGGCUCCGCGCUUCUUCUCACUGCUGCCGCUCCGGCCGGCCGGCUCCCGCUCACCUCCGCCAGUCAGACCAAAUAAGAAACAAAAACCACAAGACUGCUUGGUUGGAAAAAGCUGAUCAGUGGCAUGAUACAGUUGAGGUCGAAGGAAAAGAAAAAUUGUGCACUGAACUAACAUCUAUUGAAGCAGAGAUCCCCUUCAUCAACAAGCUGUUAAAUCUGGGGACAAAAGUUCAGAUAGAAUUAUUGAUGAAAGGGCACAUGAGAAGCAUGAAGCAAGAAAAGGCUAUUUGGUCCAUGAAACUCGCUUCUUCCACAGACAAUCUGCCCUAAACUGUACCCUGCCCAUUUAAUCUGAGGGAAAGCUCUGUUUAAAUAUUCCUUCAUUCUAUAAGAAACUAUGUACCAACUUCCUGUUAACAACCUUGCAAAUCUAAGAAAGGCUCGUAAAACAGUGAAAAAGAUCCUUACAGAUAUUGGAUUGGACUAUUGUAAAGAUCAUAUAGAGGAUUUCAAGCAGUUUGAACCAAAUGACUUCUACCUAAAGAACACUACGUGGGAUGAUGUCUCACUUUGGGACCCUUCUUCUACAAAACUACAGGAUUAUCGUACAAAACCAUUCUGCUGCAGCGCUUGUCCAUUUGCAUCCAAAUUUUUUUCUGCCUACAAAAGCCACUUCAGAAAUGUUCAUAGUGAAGAUUUUGAAAACAAAAUCCUGAUUAAUUGCCCUUAUUGCCCAUACAAUGCUGACAGAAAGACCCUGGAGACCCAUAUCAAGAUAUUUCAUGUCCCUCUCUGGAAAGUACCUAGUGGAGGCAAGAAUGCACACCAUGAAAAGUCAAAGCAGGAUAGCAAUCUUAAACUGAAACAUGCUGACAGUGUGGAACAAGCGGUCUAUUACUGUAAGAAGUGUACUUACCGAGAUCCGCUUUAUGAUGUUGUCAGGAAGCAUAUUUACAGGGAACAUUUUCAGCAUGUGGCAGCCCCUUAUGUGGCAAGAACAGGAGACAAAUCAGUGAAUGGAACAUUUUCUGCCACUAAUGGAAGAGAGGAUGGGACUGUGCAUUGUAAACGUUGUCUCUUCAUACCCAAAACUUAUGAAGCCUUGGUGCAGCAUGUUAUUGAAGACCAUGAACGAAUAGGAUACCAAGUAACAGCAAUGAUAGGGCAUACUAAUGUAGUUGUUCCAAGAUCAAAACCCUUGAUGCUGAUAGCACCAAAGCCACAUGACAAGCCCUUAGCUGCUGGAAAUUAUCAGAGUGUGAAAAGCUCAAUGCAGCAGAAUAUGAAUCGUGUAUCCAUGUCCAAAAACACACAGAAUUCUGCUGUCAAUCUUAUGUCGAGUAGUGGUCGUCUGCCACCAAAAUAUGCUGUUUCAUCAAUGGCACAUAACUAUUCUUUGGGUCAGCAAAUGAGGCUCCCUUUGCCAGGUGGCUUACCAGUUUCUCUUCAGCAACGAUCGCAAACUGUAAAACAAUUAAUCUCUGGUGGCAAUGGACGGCAGUAUGGAGUUGGUGCUGGUGAACAGAGGCGACCAUCUCAGAUGCAAUAUAACGUUCAAUCAGGAAGUUUGACUGGUAAUAGUGGAUCCAGUCAAUUAUCAAUGAAACAGUCACAGUUCAGUAUUUCUCAAGCACAAAGGAUGCAAGGAUUAUCUACUUCAUCAGUAAAGUCAUUAGCUUCCCCAACAGGUCUAAGUAAUUCUGCUAGCCAGAGUCCUGCAUUGGCUGGGUCUGCUGCUCAAAAGUGGAAGAUUUGCACAAUGUGUAAUGAGCUUUUCCCAGAAAGUGUGUACAGCAUACACUUUGAAAAGGAGCAUAAAGCUGAGAAGAUCCAGGCUGUAGCUAAUUACAUUCAGAAGAUCAAUAGUUUCACAAGCAAAUGUCUCUACUGUAACCGUUAUUUACCAAGUGAAACGCUGCUCAACCAUAUGCUCAUACAUGGACUCUCGUGUCCCUACUGCCGUUCCACUUUCAAUGAUGUUGAAAAGAUGGCUGAACAUGUAAGAAUCCUUCAUAUUGAUGAAGAAGUGGGACCCAAGACUGAAUCAACGUUAACUUUUGAUUUGUCUACACAGAAAGGUAGCCGCAGUAAUAUACAGCUCCAUGUUACUACAUACAGUACUUCUGAGAGUGCCUCUGUGGAGAAUACAAAUUAUCGGCCCCAGAAUCAGAACUUGGCAUUUAGAAAGCCAGAAGGGCAGUUGCAGCAGCCAAAACCACAAGUCAAAUCUAAAAUAAAGCCAGAUUUGAAUUCUAUACCUCAAACCCAAAUACCCUAUAAAAAUGAUGUUGGCAAAACCCUUUGUCCGUUGUGCUUCUCUAUUUUGAAGGGCCCAAUAUCUGAUGCUUUGGCACACCAUUUGAGGGAACGACAUCAGGUGAUACAAACAAUUCAUCCAGUGGAAAAAAAGCUUACCUAUAAAUGCAUUCAUUGUUUGGGAGUCUACACAAGUAACAUGACAGCCUCUACCAUAACGUUGCAUCUGGUGCACUGUAGAGGUGUUGGAAAAGCACAGAAUGGCCAGGAUCGAAGUCUUGCUCAUGCCAAGGUAACACACUCACCAAGUGUAAUGCCCAUGAAACGAGAAUAUGAGUAUGAAUAUGGGGACUUUGCUUUAAUGAAAAAAAGGAAAUUGGAUGGUGAGGAAACUGUUCAGAGCUUUACCUUGGGAGAGGAUAAACCAGAGGAGCCUGUAGUUUUAGCUAUUGAUCCCAAGGGGUAUGAGGAUGAGUCCUAUGAGGCCAGAAAGAUGUUCCUUACAAACUAUUUUAACAAGCAACCUUACCCAAGCAGAAGGGAAAUUGAAAAGUUGGCAGCUGGCUUAUGGUUAUGGAAAUCGGAUAUUGCUUCCCACUUUAGCAAUAAGAGGAAGAAAUGUGUUCGAGAUUGUGAGCGGUACAGGCCAAAGGUAUUGCUUGGAUUUAAUAUGAUGGAGAUGCGAAAAGUAAAGCACAAUAUGGACUUUGGGCCUACUUGGAAUUUGCUAAAUAACAAAGAAAUAGAUGGCAAGGAACCUGUUACUUUAAAAUCAAGCAUGGAAAAAGUAAAUCAGAAACUGGAGAAAGAGAGAAGAGAUUUGAGUCUGGGAUCAGAAAAAUUGGAGGGAACUAUUUUAGAUUUGAGCUCCCAAAUGGAGGAAAAUUCAAAUCCAAACUUGGGAAAGAUGAAAGGGAGAGCUGUGAACCAGUGUUCAGAACGCAUGGAGGGAAGUGCUUUGGACUUGAGCACUCAGAUGGAAGAAAGACAUUCAAACGCCAGCUCUGCGAUGGUGGAGGGAACACCAUUAGAUUUGAGUGCUCAGAUGGUAGAGGAAAGUCCUUCAAUCAAGAGCACUGAGAUGGUAGAAGAAAGUCCUUCAAAUGUGAGUUCUGAGAUGGUGGCAGAGAGUCCUUCAAAUGUAAGUUCUGACAUGGUGGAGGGAAGUGCUUUAGAUUUGAGUUCCCAGAUGGUGGAGAAAAGCCCUUCAAGCAUGAGCGCUGAGAUGGUGGAGGAGAGCCCAUCUAAUAUGAGUGCUGAGAUGGUGGAAGCAAGCCCUUCAAAUACGAGUCCUGAUAAUAUGGAGGAAAAUGCUUCAAAUACUUGUGGUGGUGAAGAUUUGUCAUCAAGUGAAAUGAGUGGUUUGCAGAGUAGGGAAGAAACUUCUGAAAUGGUUCCUGAAGAGUUCAAUAAUGAAUUGCAAAAACCUACAUUUACAGAAACUGCAUCAUUAAAGGAUGAUGUUUCAAAUAUGGAUGAAGAGCAUUAUCCUGAGCCAUCUUCAGAAUCGAAAGAUAAAGAAUCAGAAAGUGAAGAUUCAGAAGAACUUUCUGAAUGCAAAGAUGCUGGUUCACCAGCUGAGGAUGGACUAGUAUCUCCACAAGCAUCUGAUCAGGAAGAUGUUUCAUCUGAGCUGAAGCAAGAGUUUUGGAUCAAACGACCAUGGACAGAUGAUGUAUCCCAAAGUGAAGAGGAGGAAGAGCCCCCUCGGACCUCUGAACCAAAAGCUGCAUUGGAAAAUGAUGAGCAAAAUUGGGGAGAGGGGCCAGGUGAAUGGAGUGGAACACCAUUCCAAAAUGAAGGAGAAAAGUGGGCCAAAGAACGCUCUGAAUGGAAGAAUGUUUCUCCAGAAAAUGAGGAAAGUUUGUCUAAUCCAUUGUUAGAAUGGCAAGGUAACACAGCAGAUAGUGAAGGCGAGGAGCUUGAUCAGCUCCUUGAUCAGUCAAAUGAUGGUCUCUCGGAUAAUGUGGCAGAACCUGUUUGUGGAUCUUCAUCAGGUGUUGGGUUAAGUAGUCAACCUGCAUAAAGUUUGACUGUGUUUGGAGUCUUGCUGUGAAAUGUGUGCAGUAUCUUGAAAGAAGCCAGUGUAUAAAAUCUGAAGGACUAUUCAAAGGUACAGAAUUACAGAUGGGGGUUGGGGGGGCAGUAAAAUGUAACCAGUUUUGUUGCAUUUUGCCCUCGGGUUGCUUUACAGUUGUACAAAAGUGGCAUUGUAAUUUACUUUCUAAAUGUUUUCUCAUUUACCUAUGGUAGUGAAAGGCCAACAUGUACUUACUGGUUAACAGUGUACUGUACUAUAGAUUUCAAUAAGACCUUUAAGUUUGUUAUAUUCAUUUACUCAGUCUGCGUAGCUGGAAUGUAUAUUUCUACAGUUUUAGAGCCAUUCUAAGUGAAGCUUAUCGUAUAGGUCUUGUGUACUUGUUCUAGAUUUACUGUAUGAUUCACCUUUUUUUAGUGAUGCCCCUGCUGUCAAAUAAAUGCAGCAUUUAGUUCACUUGAUAACUGCUUGAAGGAGGUUGUGCUGUAGUGUCUGUCAACAUUAUUAUAAAACUAGUUUUUAUUGCACAUAUCCUUAUACAACUUUGGUAGCAUUUGGCCAGUAGCUUACUGAACAUAAUAACUGGCCUUACUGUAAUAUGGCAAAUUGCUGUUUAAUGUAUCCUUUGCUCCAAUAUUGAUGGUUACUGGCAUUUCAAAUGUUAAUGCAUUUUUAAAGUCUCCCUUCAACCUAAAUUACUUACAGAACUAGGAAUGAAAUUCAUAAUAUGCUGAUUUCACUAAUUUGUGUUUUGGAUCAGCGCACAUGGUGAAUUGGGUAAAACAUGGCAAAUAUUUAGAAAUGCCUAGUUUUGCCUAUUUCAAGGUUAUAUGUUAGGGAUAAACACCAUUAUGGUGUUUGUAUACAUUGUAUCAUCUAUGUAAUAGUGUCUGUGUAGUAAAUUUCAUUUUUGUGAUCUUUAUUUUCCUUUGUACUUUUCAUUUACACUUCUGGAAAAUAAAAUGCUUUAUCGUACUU